AUGGUGAACUACUCUACUCCAUUACUUCCAAAUAUUGAAAAACAUAAUAUAGAAAUUCCCCUUGAAAUUCCAGUUGGGUCAUCUUUUAAAAAUACAAUGAAUUUAAAUUACACAUCUCAAUUUGAAUUACCACCCUUAACAAAUAAGUCAGUAAAUUUAGAAGCUAAUAAUAAUAAUAAUAAUAAUAAUAUUCAAUGUGAUGAUGUAUCUAAUUUUGAAAAUAAAAUUAAAAAAUGGGUCUUACAAUACAAUGUUUCAAGAAAUUGUGUGAAUGAUUUGUUGGGAAUUUUAAGAUCAGAAGGUAAGGACAUUAAUGAAAACACCAAAAAAUCACGACGUAAUAGACUAAGGGCCGUAUUCAUAGUCGAUGCUUAA